AUGACAUCCCAAGCAGAUCCCGCGACGGCAGAGACCAGGAUGUCUAAAGACCUGCAUGAUGAGCCUGCCAAGCAAGACGUCAGCGCAGGCAUCAUAGUGCCUGCACUGGCAGAGGGCGACAUGCCAGAGACGACCAAGAAGGAGAUCUGGUCGUGGUACGCGUAUUACAUUGGUUCAAAUGGACUCGCCUUGUUCAAUUUUGGCCCGACUGCCUUUCAGAAUCUGCUGUCGCAGGCCGCGCCCAAAGAUACAGGGCUUUUACCAUUUGCCGGUCGCGAACGAGACGUCAACAGCAUUGUUCUUCUUGCCAAUGGCAUAUCUUUCGCUAUUCAGGCCGUUCUUUUUCUCAUCAUUGGAGCUUACGCAGAUUUCGGGACUGGGCGACGAUGGAUUCUUCUGGUCUGGUCAAUCAUCGCCUACGGCAUUGGCUUCGCCUGGCUGGGCGUCCAUGAUCCCAGCAAGUGGCAAACCGGUACAGCUCUUUACAUCGUCGGCUUGAUAGCUUAUCAGAUGACUUUGACUUAUUGGACCGCUGCGUUUCCCUCUCUUGCCAGAAACACUCCGCAGCUGAAAGAAGCUGCCCUUCAGUUCGAGGCUGGAGAAAUUACCCAAAGCGAGAUGGAUCGCAAGGAUGAGAUGGAGAGGAGCAGGCUCAGCAACGUUGCCUUUUAUAUACAGUCUGUUGGCGAAGUUGUCAUUCUAGCCAUCAUCGUGGGUAUCAUGUUUGGUGUCAAAGUCGACAAGAGUGCCGAUAACAACAACUGGGGGCUUUCGGUCUUGAUUGCUUUCGCUACUGCUUGUUGGCUUGUCCUGUCUAUUCCGUGGUUCGUGCUAGAGAAGAAACGGCCAGGAAUGAAGGUCCCGGAUCACUUGAACAUGAUCACCGUUGGAUUCUGGCAGCUUUGGGAGGCUCUCACUCAAAUCUGGCACCUCAAGCAGAGCUUGAUCUAUCUUGUUGGAUACUUCCUUCUUGGCGAUUCUCUCAACACCACUGUCACUGUCAUCGGCACCCUUCAGAACCAGGUCGUUAGCUACGAGACUCUCACUUUGACCUACCUCCUCAUCGUCGGCAUCGUCGCUCAAGCUAUCGGCAUUGGUGCUUUUUGGCUUAUCCAGAAACACUUCAACCUCAGUGUCAAGGCCAUGUUCAACGCCGUCAUGGUUUUUAUCAUCCUUCUCGAUGGCUGGGGCAUGAUUGGAAACUGGACCGACAAGUUUGGCUUCAAGAACGUCUGGGAGAUCUGGCUGUAUCAAGCUUUCUAUGGACUAUUCGUUUGUCCCUGGUACAGUUACUCGCAGAUCAUGAUCAGCUCCGUCACACCUCGGGGGCACGAGUUCCUUUUCUUCUCCCUAUUCAACAUCAUCGGUAAAUCGUCUAGUUUCAUUGGGCCUUUCAUCAGCAGUGCUAUCAUUGAUGCUACCCCCGGCGGCACUAACAACAGUGCUCCCUUUUACUUUUUGUUUGCUUUGAGCUUGGUCAGUGCUAUUGGAAUCUGGUCAUUUCUCGAUCUUGAGAAGAGUGCGCGGGAGCAAGAGUUGUUUAUCAUUCAAGAGAAGAUACGCAUGGGUGAGGAGUCAGAAGCGAGCAAUAUUGCGUAG